GACCGGACGUAAGGAAAAUACGCAGCGGUUUCUCUCAACAUGACAUCACGCUUAGGUCCUAGAGCUGCUGGUACCAAUGGAAGUGAAUUUAAACACAGAGAAAGGCUGGCCCCACACUACCAAAUGAGUGCUUCCCUGAAGUCAGAGGUGCGGAAGUUAAACUUGGUCCACCUUCUGAUCUGGCUGCUGGUUGCUGCACAGGUGACUGUCAGCCACUUCAACCUGGUGUCACAUGACACAGUGUCCAUGCCGUACCAGUGGGAGUACCCCUACCUGCUCAGCCUCCUCCCUCUGCUCUGCAGCAGUCUGUCACUUCCAAAGAACAAUAUCAGUUACCUGGUCAUAUCCAUGAUCAGUGCGGGGCUGUUCACUGUGGCACCUCUUAUUUAUGGGAAUGGAGAUGUUUCCUGUAGCGCAGCAGCUCUACCGCCAUGGAAAGGCGUACCGCUUCAUUUUUGGCUUCUCUGCGGUGACUGUUAUGUACCUCAUCAUGGUGGUUGCCGUUCAAGUGCACGCCUGGCAGUUAUAUUACAUGAAAAAGCUGUUGGACUCAUGGUUCAGUGCCACUGAGGAGAAGAAGAAGAAAUAAUGGAGUGAACAGAUUUGUGACUGGGCAAAACUGUGCUUUCAUCUUAAUUUACACGAGUUAUGAGACUUAUUCAUGGCUACUUAUUCAGUCAUCAAUAUCAUAUAACAUACCUUAGACACUUCUCUGACACUUAGAUGUAAGAUAGUGUAAGAUGUACAAUUUAUGCUGAAACCUGUUUUUUUUUGUUUUUGAUUUUUAUUUUGUCACCAUCAUUGAAAUUCAGUCACCUUGCACCCUUGACUGCUGCUUUACUCCAAACAGAGAAAGAGGUCAUUUAGGACCAGGACAUUGUUGUCAUCCCUAAAAAAAAUGUUGUCAUGACUUGUACAGAAUAGAUGGUGGGGUGUUCAUACUUGUACAACAGAGCGAAGGCAUGAACUGUUCCAACAUAUACGGUCCUGUGCAAAUAUUUUCAGCACUUUAGAUAUUUAGAUUCUUAUCCAUCAUGCAGUAUCACCCAGUCAGUCUGGGAUUACAUGAAGAGACAGAAGACAUUAAGACAGAAGAACUGUGGCAAGUUCUCCAAGAAGUUUGGAACAACCUACCUGCCAAGUACCUUGGAAAAACUGUGCAGAAGUGUACCUAUGAGAUGUGGUGCUGUUUUAAAGGCAAAGGGAUUUUGAAAGCAUCCUGACUUAAGUUUUAAUGCCUUGCACAGUUCUGUACAGUUUGUGUAGGAAAUUCUCCUGUUCAGUAUGUUAAAGGAAGUGGUUUGCUUUUGCUGCAGAUGUUUUCUCCCUCGUUAAGUUUACCUCUAACAAUAUGUUUCCCCUCCCCCAGAAUGCAUUUAAACCAUUUAAAAAGAAAGGUGGUAAUCACAGUAGCUGCCUGUACCAUUAUGUUUUCAGGUAUUGUCAUUCAGCAUCAGAAAGCCAGCGUAUUCCGCCUGUGCGCAUGAAUUAAAU